AUGCCAGCUGAUCCCGAAUCGUUUGUCGCGGAGAGAGGUAAAGAGGCGCCUCUGUUCGCCUUGUGGAUCGCCGCAGCCAAGUGCCACAUGGACAUUGCCAAGAAACUGCUGACAGCUGGGGCACAGGUGAAUCGGAAGACGGAUCGAGGUGUUACGCCCCUGUGUGCCGCGGUAGCCUUCCAUGGUGACUGGGACAUGGUGCAGCUGCUUAUCAAAUGGCAGGCUGACCUUGAACUGGCAGACAACAAUGGAAAAACGCCUUUUUGGAUGGCAGCAGAGCAUGGGCGAGUGAAGAUUGCGGAGUUGCUGAUACUUCUGGGAGCAAACCCGAAGACACCCAACGCGUUCGGCCAGUCCCCACUCUGGGCAGCUUGCAACACGCGCAAGCUGGAGUUUGUCCAAUUCCUGGUGCUUCCGCAGCUGUCACUGCAGGAGACUGCGGAUGUGAAUGAAGCCGACGAUUCGGGCAUGACACCAUUGUUUGUAGCCGCAUGGCAGGGAGAAUUCAACAUUGCCAGCCUGCUGCUCUUUGCAG